AUGUCAAAUCCAUUCGAUCAGAACCCUUGGCAAUCAGGCAGCCAGCAAAACACAAGCGGGCCACGCUUUGGUAAUGCCUACGACGACGAACCAGCUUACGGUAAUGCCUACAACAGCAAUAACGCUAUGCCUGGCUUCAGUACUACAGGCUACAACAAUGCUUGGGGCGAUGAAUCCAACAAGACUCAGUACGAUACAAAUGCUUAUAGUUCUCCUCCUCCUCCACAAGCACAUCCUGCCCAAUCUCCAUACGACACAGCGCAAAAUGGGCCUCCUCCUCAAUCUCCCUAUGGUGGAAAUCAAUCAUUACCGGGCAACAAUGACGCUUAUAGAUACACUGGAACACCUUACGGCAAUCAAACAUUGCAAGCAGGCGGUGCCGCUGGAUAUCCUCAAAAUUCACCUACACCUUCCAAUGCUAAGCCAAGCGCCACAACUGUCUCAUCAGCAGAACCAGAUCCUUGGAAUGGAGAGACAUACCAUACUCCUAAUAAGUGGCGUUUCUGGUUCCGUUUCGGCAUUUUGUUAACAAGUAUUGGACAUUUAGGUUUUGCAGCUGGCGCUCGACCCUAUUCUGGCGAAGAUGUUCCCUUUUAUACGCCUGCUUGUUUCUAUUAUUUGUUUGCUGUGGCAAUUCUCUCUAUUAUAUACUCCAUUUAUCAUGUCCUCUUUUACUGUUAUCGACGUAUGACAAAGACGCCCAAGAUGAACCGACCUAUCAUGUUUGCUAUUGAUUUGUUGUUUGCUGUAUUAUGGGGUAUUGGUGUCAUUGUCGAAGCGGUUAAAUUUAAAUGUACAGACGGUGGCAAAUUCUGUAACUUUUACAAUGUGAGUAUCUUUUGGGGUUUCUUGGCUUUUGCUGCCUAUAUCUUUGCUGUGGUUUGGGAUGUUUGGGGUGCUUGCUGUGGUGCCAAGAGACGAAAGUAA